CAAGGAGUCGUUAUUAUCACACAUCAGAAAGGGAACCAGUCAACGAGAUAAUCGUUCCAGAUGAGGCGAUCGUUUGGGCCGGGAAUGGGCAGCGGCGGAGGCGGAGGCAGAGGCGGUGGAGGGAUGAUCAAGACGGUUCACAGAACCGUCAGGGCUGGCCUCGGUGGUGGGGCGUCCCAAGAACCCUAUUCACAUUCCGCCACAACCACCACAAGGACCACCAAUAACCGUAACCAACCCAUAAACACCACCCUUUCUCUCUCAUCCAACGCUAACCUCUCCUCGCCUUGCUCUUACCUCAACCACCAUGUCCCGGCGCCGACCAACUGGGUUUUCUCGUCGUCACCGAUCACCGAUGACGAGUUCGACUGGGAAUACAUCCAUGGCGGCGGGAGUGACGACGGCGAGAGUUUAAAUCGAGUGCUUUACGAUGAUUUUGUAUUGGGCAGUGUUCCAUCCAAAAACGAAGUUCAUCAUGCAGUCUCUUCUCUCCAGGAGGUUCUUGAUCCGAUUAUCGAGAAUAGAAGAACAUAUGGUACGUACGAUGAUGGAAUCGAAAAGAUUUCAGGUCCUACUGUUUUUCACAAAUCUGGAUCGGAGUUAGAUUGGAUUGAGCCAUCUUUGCAACUACAUGACUCAACAAGUGCGUUGCAUGAUCCUAGAUCGACAAGAGUUUAUGAUGCUUUCCAUCUAUUGCAAACUGAUCCUUCAGUUCAGAGAAUGGUGAUUUCGUUGUCAUCUGACAAGGCUGUUUGGGACGCUGUUAUGAACAACGAGGUAGUACGUGAGCUCCGUGAGUCAGUUAAUGAAGGUAAGAGCAUUUCUGAGUGCUCUGAGGAUAGUGUUGAUGAGUCGAAUCCAGUUAUACAAGUUCUUCGAUGGAUCUUUGUCAAUACAAAGGAGAAAAUGAUUGAAAUAGUAGAGAAAAUAACACAGAUUGUAAAUGAAUUGGUUAGGCCCACUGGAAAGGAUGAGAAGUGGAAGAAAGACGCCGAUAUAGGCCUCAAUUCAUUUGAAGAAAAACUUAGGAGCUCUUUCUUGCUUUCCAUUAUAGUACUUUUGAUUGUUGUUGUGAGUCGAGGACGCAAGUCUUGAUCAUGAUCAUAGUCUAUGAGCCAGAUCCAUAUAAGGUACGUAUUGAUCAUGAUCUUAGUUUCGAGAACUAAGGCUUGUAAGUGUUUGAUCAUGGUCUAAUUAGUCCACAAGUCUCGAUCAUGAUCACAUUUAUAAGCUUGAUCGACAUGUUUUGAUCAUGUUCUUACUUGCUCAGGGUCAGGCAUUCAUCAUCGAUUUGCCGACAUGACAUCGAUAAACUUUUCCUUCAGUGACUUUUUUAUUUAUUUAUCAUAAAAGGUUGUAUUUGGUUUGAAUGUUUAAUGACUAUCAUUGGUAGCAUAACGAAUAUUUCCUUUGAAAAACAAA